AUGCAUCUCUCUCGAAUACCAUGUCCGUCUCUACGACCAGCCUAUCCCAUAAGCCUGACCCAAAUUCCAAGACCUGAACAUCUCCGCGCAAUCGCAACAUCCCAGACCCCUCGCUCUCAUCUCCAUUCUAGGGCAUUGAUCGCAAAGGCAAUAUACGCACCCAGGAGAGCGGUCAUGGCGGUCCCCAAAACAGAGCUGGGGAAACAAUACAUGUCAUCUUCUGCCAAACCCGUCAAGAAGAUCUCGGAGCCAAGGCCUAGCGCAAGUAUCCUUCUCAUCUCUCCCCGCAAUGAGAUCCUCCUCCUGCACCGUGUCCGCACAUCGUCCUCCUUCCCCUCUGCGCACGUCUUUCCCGGCGGGAACCUCUCUGCCUCGCAAGACGGCGCGAUCCCCGGCCCGGAGGACGAAGCGAGACAUGUGGACGGACGGGCGUACCGAGUCGGUGCUAUAAGAGAGUGUUUCGAAGAGAGCGGGAUCUUACUUGCGCGGAAGAAGAACGGGGAGGGCUUGUUGGAGAUUGAGGACAGUGUGAGGGAGCAGGGGAGGAAGGAUGUCCAUGCUGGGAGGGUGAGGUUUGAGGAGUGGGUUGAGGGACUAGGUGGGGUUGUUGAUGUUGAUGCACUGCUCCCUUUCACCCGCUGGGUAACACCAACCAACAUCCCCAAGAGAUUCACAACGCAGAUGUACCUCUACUUCCUCCCGCUCACCCAACCAAUAUCCUCUCUCACCCCUUCGUCCGAAAUCCCCACGCCGACCUCAGACGGUGGCGUAGAGCACACAGCCGCGCUCUUCGCGCCCUGUUCAACAUGGCUCUCCCUCGCACGCGCCAACGAAAUCAUCCUCUUCCCGCCCCAAUUCUACCUCAUGCACCUCCUCUCCCCCUUCCUCUCCCCCUUCCUCUCCCCAUCGCUCGAACUCUCCUCCCAAAUCCUGCAAAGCCAAAGAGACCAAGUCCUCCACUUCCUGCAAGGCGACGGCGGCGACGGGAAGGGCAUCCUCUGGGCCGACAAGGUGAUGAGUCCCACCGGCUUCCUGAUGCGGAAGAGUGACGGUAGGAGCGUGCUGGCGCUUAAUAGGCCCGGGCCGGAGUUGGAGGCGAGGGGGGAGGGGAGGGGCGGCGACGAGAAGAGGGUUGUGCUUGUGAAAUUUGGGAAGGAGGGGCCGAGGGAUGUGGAUGUUAGGGAGAAGAGGGAGGUUCUGGCUGAGGAGAGGGUGGAGGCGGGGGCGAAGUUGUAA